UUCGAAUCAGACACUGAUCACUGACCUAACCAGUUUCUGACAUAGCUCACUCCAAAGAAGCGUUUCAGGUAUGUGAAUCCUUUGCCUACAUUUCCCCCUACUUAUUUCUUUCCUUCUUUUGUCCUUCUAUCUAUUUGUGUCCCUGUCGAUCGUCCUCUUGUGGGUCCUCUCCUCCGGACGUCCCUCAACCUUCCUCCUCUGAUGGAGUCAGAACCAGCUUCCUGAUCGUCUGACAGAGUAAAUUGGAAUCUGCCUUCGAUACCUCAGCCUGUUUCUGUUACCAGUCUCUCCUUUGGACUCUCUGAUUCUUCAGAUGGACGGUCUGCUCCUUCACUUCCUGCCCGGAACCAUCACUGGUUUGGUUUUCUGUCUCCUCCUGACUCACUACUGUAAAGGACAGUCUGAGUCAGUGGAUUCACUUCAACCAAUUGUAGCAAGAGUUGGUGAUGACGUUGUUCUACCGUGUCAAAUCAAACCUUCAGUGGACGUUUCUGCAUCAACGUUGGAGUGGAAGAGGUCAAACCUCUACGUCCUGGUGUGGCGUAAUGGUGCAGACCUUAAAAUGCAAAAAGAUCUGUCCUACAGAGGAAGAACAUCUCUGUUCCCUGAUGAACUGAAACAUGGAAACGUUUCCCUGAAACUCUCUGACGUGAAGCUGUCUGAUAAAGGAACGUACAGAUGUUACGUUGUAGACAUGAAUAGAGAGAUGUUUGUUGAGCUUGUUGUUGCUCCUGUCUCCUCACCUGUCAUCAGUUUAUCAGGGGUGGACAGAGACAGAGGAGGAGUGGUGUUACAGUGUGAAUCCAGAGGCUGGUAUCCAGAGCCUGAGGUGUUGUGGCUGGACACUGAGGGAAACCUGCUCUCUGCUGGACCUCCAGAGACAGUCAGAGGUCCUGAUCACCUCUAUACUGUCAGCAGCAGAGUGACUGUG